AUGCAAAAAAGGAGCUCAGCUUCUUUUUUGAGCCUGACCCAGUUGGCUUUUCACUACAGCUGUGACAGUGAAUAUUCAAAUCAUCCAAAUAUAUCUACUGGAUCAAUGAUCAUUCAGUGUUAUUCAAUAUCUAUCUACCUAUCUACCUAUCUAUUUCCCCUUUAUCUAUCUAUCUAUCUAUCUACCUAUCUAUUUCCCCUUUAUCUAUCUAUCUACCUAUCUAUUUCCCCUUUAUCUAUCUAUCUAUUUCCCCUUUAUCUAUCUAUCUAUCUAUUUAUCUAUCUAUCUAUUUCCCCUUUAUCUAUCUAUCUAUCUAUUUAUUUCAGUCUGUCCAUUAUCUCUAUGUUUCUAUGUUAUUUCAGUCUGUUCAUUAUCUAUCUAUGGCUGUUCCUUAUCUAUCUUUCCAUCAAUCUAUUUCAAAAACAGACAAAAUUUCAUGUAACAAUAUCUAAAAUAUGA